AUGGAUGAAAUUAGGGCAUAUUGUUUGGAAAAUGGCAUUGAUAUGGAUGCGGAGGAAGUGCCAGAGGAUGUGCAGGAGGAGGAGACUGAAGAGGGGAUACAUAGCUCAAUGAAUGGAUAUGCAGAGGCUGGAGAUCAGGGGCAAAAGAAUGAUACUUCUGUAGAGGGAAAAAUCCGCGGGAUAGGGGAUAUUGGAAAGAACCAAGGAGCUCGCAAGAAGCUCUUCAAACCCCCACAACUAGCGGCUAGUUCGGAGAUGAGAGCUGCCUCCACAGUGCUAUCACCACGCAAGAAAGGGACGACCAAGCAAGGGACUAGACAAGGUGAGAGUGUCAAACAGAUGGAGGGAAAGGGUGCUUCAAUCCCGUCCUCUGGAAUUCCAAAAGCCUAG